AUGGCGGAGCAGACGGAAAAGGCGUUUCUGAAGCAACCAAAGGUCUUCUUAUGCUCGAAGAAAUCUGGUAAAGGCAAGAGACCUGGAAAGGGAGGUAAUCGUUUCUGGAAGAACAUUGGUCUUGGUUUCAAGACUCCUAGAGAAGCUACUGAAGGUGCAUACAUAGACAAGAAAUGUCCCUUUACUGGCACGGUUUCUAUUAGAGGCCGUAUCCUAGCCGGCACUUGUCACAGUGCGAAAAUGCAGAGGACUAUCAUUGUGCGGAGGAACUAUCUUCAUUUUGUUAAGAAGUAUCAAAGGUAUGAGAAAAGGCAUUCAAACAUCCCUGCUCAUGUCUCUCCGUGUUUCCGUGUCAAAGAAGGAGAUCACGUGAUCAUCGGGCAAUGCAGACCAUUGUCAAAGACGGUGAGGUUCAACGUUUUGAAGGUCAUCCCAGCUGGGAGUUCUGCUAUCGGAAAAAAAGCAUUCACUGGAAUGUAA